AGCAGCAGGAGACCCCACAGGCUAAAAUGGUGCUCCAGGUUAAGAACAGUUUCAGGAGGUCUGGAACGAAUUAAGUACUUAACCCGAGGUACCACUGUAUUGGGAUGCUGGUGAUACACUGUAUUACGAUAUUGAAAACCAGGCAUCGUCCGGCCCUAAAAAAGAUGCCAGACUCAUUAGAAAAGGAUUUGCUAGCCGCUUUAAUAAGGACAGACAGAACUUAGCAGAAGGCCAAGGGGUUCCUUCCGAUAUCUUGGAAGCUUCCUGAGAACACAGAUGGAUGAGCAAGACUCAGCCGGCCCAGAAGCAGGAAGGGGCCAUGCCAUCAACACUGGGAGCAGUGAGGGAUUCUGGGAAAGCUCCGUGAAGAAGAUCCUGGGUGAGGAGGACACCCUCCACUCUGAUAUGAAGAGCCAGCAGUUCAGGCAGUUCUGCUACCAGGAGGCCAAAGGACCCCGAGGAGUUUGCAGCCGACUCCACCACCUUUGCCAUCAGUGGCUGAAGCCAGAAAGGCACACGAAAGCCGAGAUGCUGGACCUGGUGGUCUUGGAGCAGUUCCUGGCUGUCCUUCCACUGGAGAUGGAGAACUGGGUGAGGGAAUGUGGAGCGGAGACCAGUUCCCAGGCGGUGGCCCUGGCCGAAGGAUUCCUCCUGCAUCAGGGAAUGGAGAGGAAGCAGGCAGAGCAGCAGGGAAAGAUUAUCUUUGCAGAAAUGGGCCUGGAUUCCUCUGAGGCAGAGAAGACUCCGUUGGUCAGGAGAGAGAGGCCGCUGGGUGACAGAAUGAUGCUGCCAAGACCUCUUCUUCCAUCUUUGCAUGGAGGCAGAGGAGAAACAUCAGUUCUGGAACCAGAUCAGGGUCUUGUAUGCUUUGAAGAUAUAGCUGUUCAUUUCACAGACGAGGAAUGGGCGUUGCUGGAUCUUGACCAGAGAGCUCUGCAUAAAGAAGUCAUGGAGGAGAAUUGUGGGAUCAUGAACUCUCUCAAUGGUGAUGAAUCAGAGAUUAAGAACCAGGGAGACCAUGACCAUGUAUACACCAUGGAGAAGCAAUGUAAAUAUUCUGAGUGUAGAGAGAACUUCAGUCAAAGCUCCCUCCGAAGAAAUCCAUUGGGGAAGAAAUCCUAUCAGUGCUUGGAAUGUGCGAAGAGCUUCAGUCGGAAAGAGAGUCUCACUUCCCAUCAGAGAAUUCAUACAGGGGAGAAACCAUAUCAGUGCUUGGAAUGUGGGAAGAGCUUCAGUCGGAAGUUCAAUCUCACAGUCCAUGAAAGAAUUCAUACAGGAGAGAAACCAUAUCAAUGCUUGGAAUGUGGGCAGAGUUUCACCUGGAAGGAAGGUCUCACUUCCCAUCAAAGAAUUCAUACAGGGGAGAAACCGUAUCAGUGUUUGGAAUGUGGAAAGAGCUUCAACCGGAAGGAAAGUCUCACUUCCCAUCAAAGAAUUCAUACAGGAGAGAAACCAUAUCAAUGCUUGGAAUGUGGACAGAGCUUCGGUCAGAAGACCAGUCUCAUAGGCCAUCAAAGAUGUCACAGUGGGGAGAAACCAGACAAUGGCUCCAGUCCUCAGGGCACCCCCAGGGAGGAGGAACGGGGCCUUGAGGGCAUGGGGCCAAUGGAGCUCGUUCUGUCGGGGCUCACUUGUGGGGCGAUGGCUGUGCCGACAGAACUUAGCAGAAGGCCAAGGGGUUCCUUCCGAUAUCUUGGGGGCUUCCUGAGAGCCCAGAUGGAUGAGCAAGACUCAGCCGGCCCAGAAGCAGGAAGGGGCCAUGCCAUCAACACUGGGAGCAGUGAGGGAUUCUGGGAAAGCUCUGUGAAGAAGAUCCUGGGUGAGGAGGACACCCUCCACUCAGAUGUGCAGAGCCAGCAGUUCAGGCAGUUCUGCUACCAGGAGGCCAAAGGACCCCGAGAAGUUUGCAGCCGACUCCACCACCUUUGCCAUCAGUGGCUGAAGCCAGAAAGGCACACGAAAGCCGAGAUGCUGGACCUGGUGGUCUUGGAGCAGUUCCUGGCUGUCCUUCCACUGGAGAUGGAGAGCUGGGUGAGGGAAUGUGGAGCAGAGACCAGUUCCCAGGCGGUGGCCCUGGCCGAAGGUUUCCUCCUGAGUCAGGCAGAGGAGAGGAAGCAGGCAGAGCAGCAGGGAAAGAUUAUCUUUGCAGAAAUGGGCCUGGAUUCCUCUGAGGCAGAGGAGACUCCGUUGGUCAGGAGAGAGAGGCCGCUGGGUGACAGAAUGAUGUCAGGGAUACCCCCUCAUCCAUCUUUGCAUGGAGGCAGAGAAGAAACAUCAGUUCUGGAACCAGAUCAGGGCCUAGUAUGCUUUGAAGAUAUAGCUGUUCAUUUCACAGACGAGGAAUGGGCGUUGCUGGAUCCUGACCAGAGAGCUCUGCAUAAAGAAGUCAUGGAGGAGAAUGGUGGGAUCAUGAACUCUCUCAAUGGUGAUGAAUCAGAGAUUAAGAACCAGGGAGACCAUGACCAUGUAUACACCAUGGAGAAGCAAUGUAAAUAUUCUGAGUGUAGAGAGAACUUCAGUCAAAGCUCCCAUUCCGCUUCCCUCCGAAGAAAUCCAUUUGGGAAUAAAUCCUAUCAAUGCCUGGAAUGUGCAAAGAGCUUCAGUCGGAAAGAGAGUCUCACUUCCCAUCAAAGAAUUCAUACAGGGAAUAAACCAUAUCAGUGCCUGGAAUGUGAGAAGAGUUUCAGUCGGAAGUUCAAUCUCACAGUCCAUCAAAUAAGUCAUACAGGGGAGAAACCGUAUCAGUGCUUGGAAUGUGCGAAGAGCUUUACCCAGAAAAAGGAUCUCACUUCCCAUCAGAGAAUUCAUACAGGGGAGAAACCAUUCCAGUGCUUUGAAUGUGGAAAGAGUUUCACCUGGAAGAAAAGUCUCACUUCCCAUCAAAGAAUUCAUACAGAGGAGAAACCAUAUCAGUGUUUGGAAUGUGGGAAGAGGUUCUGUCGGAGUGCCCAUCUCACAACCCAUCAAAUAAGUCAUACAGGGGAGAAACCAUAUCAGUGCCUGGAAUGUGGGAAGAGGUUCUGUCGGAAGUUCAAUCUCACAGUCCAUGAAAGAAUUCAUACAGGAGAGAAACCAUAUCAGUGCAUGGAAUGUGAACAGAGUUUCACCUGGAAGGAAGGUCUCACUUCCCAUCAAAGGAUUCAUACAGGAGAGAAACCGUAUCAGUGCUUGGAAUGUGGAAAGAACUUCACCCGGAAGUUUUAUCUCAUAGUCCAUGAAAGAAUUCAUACAGGAGAGAAACCAUAUCAAUGCUUGGAAUGUGGACAGAGUUUCACCUGGAAGGAAGGUCUCACUUCCCAUCAAAGAAUUCAUACAGGAGAGAAACCAUAUCAAUGCUUGGAAUGUGGACAGAGCUUCAGUCAGAAGACCAGUCUCAUAGGCCAUCAAAGACGUCACAGUGGGGAGAAACCAGACAAUGGCUGUCUAGGUCAGACAGAACUUAGCAGAAGGCCAAGGAGUUCCUUCCGAUAUCUUGGAGGCUUCCUGAGAGCCCAGAUGGAUGAGCAAGACUCAGCCGGCCCAGAAGCAGGAAGGGGCCAUGCCAUGGAAACUGAGUGCAGUGGGGGAUUAUGGGAAAACUCAGUGCAGAAUAUCCUGGGUGAGGAGGACACCCUCCACUCAGAUGUGCAGAGCCAGCAGUUCAGGCAGUUCUGCUACCAGGAGGCCAAAGGACCCCGAGAAGUUUGCAGCCGACUCCACCAUCUUUGCCAUCAGUGGCUGAAGCCAGAAAGGCACACGAAAGCCGAGAUGCUGGACCUGGUGAUCUUGGAGCAGUUCCUGGCUGUCCUUCCACUGGAGAUGGAGAGCUGGGUGAGGGAAUGUGGAGCGGAGACCACUUCCCAGGCGGUGGCCCUGGCCGAAGGAUUCCUCCUGAGUCAGGCAGAGGAGAGGAAGCAGGCAGAGCAGCAGGGAAAGAUUAUCUUUGCAGAAAUGGGCCUGGAUUCCUCUGAGGCAGAGGAGACUCCGUUGGUCAGGAGAGAGAGGCCGCUGGAUGACAGAAUGAUGUCAGGGAUACCUCCUCAUCCAUCUUUGCAUGGAGGCAGAGGAGAAGCAGAAGCUCUGGAACCAGAUCAGGGUCUAGUCUGCUUUGAAGAUGUAGCUGUUCAUUUUGCAGACGAGGAGUGGGCUUUGCUGGAUCCUGACCAGAGAGCUCUGCAUAAGGAAGUCAUGGAGGAGAAUUGUGGGAUCAUGAACUCUCUCAAUGGUGAUGAAUCAGAGAUUAAGAACCAGGGAGACCAUGACCAUGUAUACACCAUGGAGAAGCAAUGUAAAUAUUCUGAGUGUAGAGAGAACUUCAGUCAAAGCUCCCAUUCCGCUUCCCUCCGAAGAAAUCCAUUUGGGAAUAAAUCCUAUCAGUGCUUGGAAUGUGCAAAGAGCUUCACCUGGAAAGAAGAUCUCACUUCCCAUCAAAGAAUUCAUACAGGGGAGAAACCAUUUCAGUGCUUGGAAUGUGGAAAGAGCUUCACCUGGAAGAAAGAUCUCACUUCCCAUCAAAUAAUUCAUACAGGGAAGAAACUAUAUCAGUGUAUGGAAUGUGAGAAGAGUUUCAGUCGGAAAAAGAUUCUCACAAUACAUCAAAGAAUUCAUACAGGGGAGAAACCAUAUCUGUGCAUGGAAUGUGGAAAGAGCUUCACUCAGAGUGCCCAUCUCACUUCCCACGAAAUAAUUCAUACAGGGGAGAAACCAUUUCAGUGCUUGGAAUGUGGAAAGAACUUCGCCUGGAAGAAAAGUUUCACAGCCCAUCAACGGAUUCAUACAGGGGAGAAGCCAUAUCAGUGCAUGGAAUGUGGAAAGAGUUUCACCUGGAAGAAAAGUCUCACUUCCCAUCAAAUAAUUCAUACAGGGAAGAAACUAUAUCAGUGUAUGAAAUGUGAGAAGAGUUUCAGUCGGAAAAAGAUUCUCACAAUACAUCAAAGAAUUCAUACAGGGGAGAAACCAUAUCUGUGCAUGGAAUGUGGAAAGAGCUUCACUCAGAGUGCCCAUCUCACUUCCCACGAAAUAAUUCAUACAGGGGAGAAACCAUUUCAGUGCUUGGAAUGUGGAAAGAACUUCGCCUGGAAGAAAAGUCUCAUAGCCCAUCAACGGAUUCAUAGGGAGAAGCCAUAUCAGUGCAUGGAAUGUGGAAAGAGUUUCACCUGGAAGAAAAGUCUCACUUCCCAUCAAAUAAUUCAUACAGGGAAGAAACUAUAUCAGUGUAUGGAAUGUGAGAAGAGUUUCAGUCGGAAAAAGAUUCUCACAAUACAUCAAAGAAUUCAUAGAGGGGAGAAACCAUAUCUGUGCAUGGAAUGUGGAAAGAGCUUCACUCAGAGUGCCCAUCUCACUUCCCACGAAAGAAUUCAUACAGGGGAGAAACCAUAUCAGUGUUUGGAAUGUGGGAAGAGUUUCAGUCGGAAAGAUAGUCUCACUUCCCACGAAAGAGUUCAUACAGUGGAAAAAUCAUAUAAGUGUUUGGAAUGUGGGAAGAGUUUCAGUCGGAAAAAGAAUCUCAUGGCCCAUCAAAGAAUUCAUCCAGGGAAGAAACCAUAUCAGUGUUUGGAAUGUGGGAAGAGGUUCUGUCGGAGUGCCCAUCUCACAACCCAUCAAAUAAGUCAUACAGGGGAGAAACCAUAUCAGUGCUUGGAAUGUGGAAAGAGGUUCACCAGGAAGUUCUAUCUCAUAGUCCAUGAAAGAAUUCAUACAGGAGAAAAACCAUAUCAAUGCUUGUAAUGUGGACAGAGCUUUGGUCAGAAGACAAGUCUCAUAGGCCUUCAAAGAUGUCACAGUGGGGAGAAACCAGACAAUGGCUGUCUACUUGGAGGCUUCCUGAGAGCCCAGAUGGAUGAGCAAGACUCAGCUGGCCCAGAAGCAGGAAGAGGCCAUGCCAUCAACACUGGGAGCAGUGAAGGAUUGUGGGAAAACUCUGUGCAGAAGAUCCUGGGUGAGGAGGACACCUUCAGCUCAGAUGCGCAGAGAAAAAAGUUCAGGCAGUUCUGCUCCCAGGAGGCCAAAGGGCCUCGAGAGGUUUGCAGCCGAUUCCACCACCUUGACCGUCGGUGGCUGAAGCCAGAAAGGCACACGAAAGCUGAGAUGCUGGACCUGGUGGUCUUGGAGCAGUUCCUGGCUGUCCUUCCACCAGAGAUGGAGAGCUGGGUGAGGGAAUGUGGAGCAGAGACCAGUUCCCAGGCGGUGGCCCUGGCCGAAGGUUUCCUCCUGAGUCAGACAGAGGAGAGGAAGCAGGCAGAGCAGCAGGAUCUGUUUGCAGAAAUGGACCCAUAUUCCACUGAGGAAGAGAAGACUCCAUUGGACACCAAAGAAAGACCACUGGGUAACAGAAUGAUGCCAGGAAGACCUCCUCAUCCAUCUUUGCAUGGAGGCAGAGGAGAAACAGCAGCUCUGGAACCAAAUCAGGGUCCAGUGUGCUUUGAAGAUGUAGCUGUUCGUUUCACAGAUGAGGAGUGGGCUUUGCUGGAUCCCAACCAGAAAGCUCUGCAUAAGGAAGUCAUGGAGGAGAACUGUGGGAUCAUGAACUCUCUCAGUGGUAAUGAAUUGGAAAUUAAAAACGAGGGAGACCAGGACAAUGUCUACCCAAUGGAGAAGCGAUGUAAAUAUACAGAGUGUAGAGGGAACUUUAGUCAAAGCUCCCAUUCCACUUCCCUCCAAAUAAAUCCCUUUGGGAAGAAAUCCUAUCAGUGCUUGGAAUGUGGAAAGAGCUUCACGCAGAAAGAAAGUCUCAUGACCCAUCAAAGAAUUCAUACAGGGGAGAAACCAUAUAAGUGCCUUGAAUGUGGAAAGAGCUUCGCCUGGAAGGAAAGUCUCACCACCCAUCAAAGAAUUCAUACAGGGGAGAAACCAUAUCAGUGCAUGGAAUGUGGUAAGAACUUCGCCUGGAAGGAAAGUCUCACUUCCCAUCAAAGAAUUCAUACAGGGGAGAAACCAUAUCAGUGCAUGGAAUGUGGAAAGAGCUUCGCCUGGAAGGAAAGUCUCACCACCCAUCAAAGAAUUCAUACGGGGGAGAAACCAUAUCAAUGUUUGGAAUGUGGGAAGAGUUUCAGUCAGAGUGCCCAUCUCACCACCCAUCAAAGAAGUCAUAAAGGGGAGAAACCAUAUCAGUGUUUGGAAUGUGGGAAAAACUUUACCCAGAAAAAGAGUCUCAGAUCUCAUAUAAAAAUUCAUAAAGGGGAGAAACCAUAUCAGUGCUUGGAAUGUGGAAAGAGCUUCAGUCGGAAAGAAAGUCUCACUUCCCAUCAGAGAAUUCAUACAGGGGAGAAACCGUAUCAGUGCUUGGAAUGUGGAAAGAGCUACAAUCAGAGAUCCAAUUUUAAGUCGCAUCAAAGAAUUCAUACAGGGGAGAAACCAUUUCAGUGUUUGGAAUGUGGAAAGAACUUUAGUCAGAAUGCUAUCCUUAAGACACAUCAAAGAGUUCAUACAGGGGAGAAGCCAUUUCAGUGUUUGGAAUGCGGAAAGAACUUCAGUCAGAAAUUAACUCUUAGUUUCCAUCAAAGAAUUCAUACAGGGGAGAAACCAUAUCAGUGCUUAGAAUGUGGAAAGAGCUUUAGUCAGAGGACCAAUCUCACAGCCCAUCAAAGAAUUCAUACAGGAGAGAAACCAUAUCAUUGCCUGGAAUGUGGAAAGAGCUUCACCCAGAAGGAAAGUCUCACGAACCAUCAAAGAAUUCAUACAGGGGGAAAACCAUAUCAGUGCUUGGAAUGUGGAAAGAGCUUCAGCCAGAGAUUAACUCUCACUUUCCAUCAAAGAAUUCACACAGGUGAGAAGCCAUAUCAGUGCUUAGAAUGUGGAAAGAGCUUUAGUCAGAAGCCCCAUCUCACAGCCCAUAACAGAAUUCAUACAGGUGAGAAACCAUAUCAGUGCUUGGAAUGUGGAAAAAGCUUCACCCGGAAGGAAAGUCUCACUCCCCAUCAAAGAAUUCAUACAGGGGAAAAACCAUAUCAGUGCUUGGAAUGUGGAAAGAGCUUCACCUGGAAGGAAACUCUAACUUCGCAUCUAAGAAUGCAUACCAGUAGUGGUAGCAGUAGUCAUUUUAUAAUGGUCAGUAACCAUUAUCAAGAUAAAAACACCAAUUACAAGAUUGAAUAGUUUAGAACAAAGUUGAGUAGAACAAAAUAAAAUAGAAUAAAAUCACAUACAGUGGUACCUCGGGUUAAGUACUUAAAUCAUUCCAGAGGUCCAUUCUUAACCUAAACUAUUCUUAACCUGCAGCACCACUUUAGCUAAUGGGGCCUCCUGCUGCUGCUGCGCCACCGGAGCAUGAUUUCUGUUCUCAUCCUGAAGCAAAGUUCUUAACCUGAGGUACUAUUUCUGGGUUAGCAGUGUAUGUAACCUGAGGCGUAUGUAACCCGUGGUACCACUGUACACAUAGAAAGUUCUCGUUUGUCAUUUAUCUGUCAGAAAGAAGUUCAUUCCAAAAUGGUCACUCUAAUCAGGUUUACAGAGACACUCAGAAAGGAGAUUGACUUGAUAAGUCAUAAGACAUCAAUAAAACCUUUUCUACCCAACUCAUUGAGAGCCAAAGAUAAGGUUCAGGAAAUGAGUUCUAAAUCACGAGAGUUUACAAGGCAGAAGCUUGACAGUGGAAUGAAAGAAUAACAUCACUUAGUGCAUCUGUUGAAUAAGGUUUGCCUUGCUACUGUAUUUUUCCAUGUAUAAGACUAUAAUUUUUCCUUAAUUUUUCAAGUUUAAAAUAAGGAGUCGUCUUAUACAUGGAUAGUGCAUAGUGCAUUUUAAUUUGGGGUAAAAAAAACAGGGGUUGUCUUAAAUAUGGUGGUGCCUUUCACAUGGAAAAAUACGGUAUAUGCUGGGUCCUAUCAUGGACUACAGUUCAACUGGCCAAGAGACAUAUGAGGAAUUUAUCAGGGGAUCAAGUGGUCAUAUAGACUUAAUCAACGUGGAUCCUCCAAACUACUACAAUCAAGCUCAGAGAGUCUUACUAUCCUUUAGGACCUCCCAAAAUUCCCUCACUGCUACAUCGCACAAAGCCUAUGUUGAUUUCCAAAGGAAUUUUCCCAGUAUGAGUCUUUUAACAACCUGAUUUUAUCACCACUAAUUCUUCACUUUAAAGCAGCCAGAUCCCAGAAAUAUAAAAGGACUCUAAAGAGGAGAACAUAAAGGAGCUUAAGCAAAUUGUCUCAAGAAGAUUUGAUCAGCUGUUGGGAACCAGAGGACCCAAUUAAGAAUAAAUAUGCCCUAGAGGAGAAUUUGAUCAUCCCACUUAAAUAUUGCAUACCAGGAGAAUCAUAGAAACACAGUGGGAAGGGGCUACAGGGGCCAUCUAGUCUAACCCACUGCAGUGCUGGAGUUUCAACUAAAGCAUGCGUGGCAGAUGGCUUCUGGUGCUGCUCUGCCUUAAUGGAGGCAGCUCCCAUGACAGCGGGAGAUUGUUAUUGAAGGAAAAAUAAGGAUGAUUGAGGGUAAUUAUCCUUGCAAAUUCCCCCCAGGGACAGGGGGAACAGGCUCCACUCACAGUUCAUCUAUGUACAUGGCUCUUGCUCCGGCAUGGAAUG